AUGAAUAGCUGGUUGUCUUCAAAUCAUACAGCCGACGAGCAGCCGUUGAACUCCCAGUACUCUGGCUGGCCGUCGACUGUCAACACCAGCAAUCAACCAUCGCCGAAUCGUCGAGAGCAUGCAGUGCAGCCGCUUCUGCUAACGACCGCGUUGAAUUCCUCGCAGUUCCAUCACGCGUUAACUCCGCUGUCUUCCACAUCGCUGUCGAGUCCAUUCACCCACGGUCAAUCUCCCGCCGUUUCGACACCAUCCAACGGCAGAUCGGCAUCGUCCUCCUCCUCAAUGGCGUCGAGGCAGUAUAGCGUCCCGUAUAACCCGCAGGACUGGGGGCCUGUAGGUGGGAACCAUAGCCAGUCUGCAUAUUCUCAGCAAGCUUCUGUUCAUCAUGUUGCGCCUCAGCAGCGACUCCAUGCAGAUUCGUCUCUGUCACCACCGCCUCCACCAUACUCACCUCCACACAAUCAGACUUCGGUGCCACGAGAUUCUUACGGUCAGGCGAGCUCGAGUAUGGCAGCGACCCCUAAUGUCACGCUACCGCACCAGUCCUACAGAACAAACGAGUAUGACAACACUGCAGAAUACCAUCGACGCUCUGUCCCUCGCCCGCGCCCCGUGUCUAUGAUAUACGGCAAUGAUGUGGAGUUGCACCGGCAAUCUUUACCCCCUCCACCGCCUCACCAAGGAAGCCUUGGCUCCAGAUCAAAUUCUCAGAAUCGGGUUAAUGCAUAUCAGGGCUCCCCUCCCAAUAAUGCUUCGACAAGUGGGCAGUCUCGUAUGACUUUGACCUCGUAUGAGCAGCCUCUUCCAUCACCGGCGUUUCAAAGCAACGGUAUCGAAAGUUCAGCAGGGCAAUUGGACGCGCCGCUAAGACCGCCUGCAUCCAGACGAGCUGCCUCUGCGGGCGCCAUUGUGAGUAGUACAAGCUCGUCAAGACCCUCGAGUCUAUCACGAGGACCGUCGCCAGCGAAUGGCUGGGAGCCUGGUAUGCCUCUUCCACCACCUCCCCCGGGACCGCCACCUGCGGGGAGGUCGGUGAGUGUGAGUGGCUCAUCAGAGUCAUCGUCUGCAAGGAUGAGUCAGGGCCCAAGCCGGACACGCGCUCGUCCACCACCAUUGAUGGGAACUGGUUUGGGCAGCAUCCCACCAACACCGGCUGAUUGGGUAGACGAAGAAUAUAUCAACCACCGACCGAGCAGGGAUCGAGAACCGCUGCAUAUUGACACCAACAAGGCUAUGAAGACACCAGACUUGCCAGAUACCCUAGAUUCAAAUGGCCAGUUGCAACAGUCCCAGAGAACGCCUGGGAGUGGAGGCAGCGGUCUCUUCCGCAGCCCGGCUAUUCGAGACCCUAGCGCCAAAGGUAUCCGUGAAAGGAGGAUCGAGCGGCGGAAUAGGCAAAGUCAACAUUUCGAGGACAUGAGCGCUGUGUCUUCUACCAGUGGAAACCCCUGGGCUGAUGCCUUGGAGAAUAUCGUGCCAUCCAAUCUUGUUCUUCCCGAACCGAAAAAUAGCCCGGAGCAUACCCGUCAAUCGUCGUCUUCACGGUUUACUCCACGAAGCACGAGAAGCAUUGGCUCAGAUAGCCAGCACCCAACAUCUCGAUCAAGGGCAUCCUCCGGUGGCCUUUUCUCUGAUAGAUCAUCUUCCUACUCAACACCUAAGCCAGAACAGAGUCCCGUAGGACCUUCAGCUGCAUUUGCAAACACCCCACCCUUUUCACCCAAUGGAGAAUCGUCGGCUCGUUAUAAAGAUGAUACUCAAGCGAUACCACCAAAAGCUCUACCAACGCCACCUCUCAAUUCUGCCAAAGAACCUCAACCACGGUCGCGUGCUACGUCUAGGGGGACAGAGGAACGCCCAAUAUCUCAUAUAUUGCACCUUCCUAAUGAUGGCAUCCCCGGGAUCAAGCCACUGUCACCACGCAGAUUGCCUACUCAGCAGACAGUUCAACAGACUUCGCUGGAGUCACUCAUAAAGCGGGACACUGAAUUUAUCCAGAACUCAAUACAAAGGCACAAGAAAUUCAUCGAGGAAGAAGCCGCAGCUGUAAAUGAGGCGGACGCCUUGAGGAUUUUCAACGAUUUUAUCAUUGCCGAGUCUCAGAUACGCCGUCAGCGAUACGCCAAUGUGUUCGAUGCAGCUUCGACUCAGAUUGAUGAUGUACGUCGCAAACUUUUCGAAGCACCCAAGAGUCAACCUGUUGGGCCAUCGAACAAGCCUGCGAAGCCGGCACCCACACUGGAGAUACCGUCGAACCGGCCCAACCGGCCGGAAUCCGCCUGGUGGAAUAACUAUCAGCCAUGUCUCUCCCCGAUCGCCAGUCUCGGCAUGAGUAAUGAUGAGAUGAGCUCCAGAGGCAGGGCACCCAGCCGAUGGUGGGAAUCCAAGACCGGCUCUAGCAGCGAAGGUGGUGAACGGAGGAUCCAGCGAUCUAAAAGAGAGUCAAAAUACAUGGGAUUGCCCCGGGAGGCGAUGCAGUGGGAUCAGGAGCGAACACCUUCCAGGCUUGACGAUGCGGGUGCGAAUUAUACAGGGCAGCAGGUGCCUUACGGCCCAGACGAGUAUCCACCAGAGAAACUUGGCUGGCAUGAAGAGACCGCCGGUUACCCUGCUGCUGGGAGAAAUGGAGCUACCCAGAUGAUGGGGAGUCAAAGGCUAGAUAUUUCGCGACUGGUCACUAUGCCUCCGCCAUACCCGCGCCAUUAUCCGGCAGUCAAUAACAGCCAUCCGGACCUUGUGUCUUACCGAACCACUGUCCGAUCCAUCACGGAUCUUUCGGAGAUCAAGGCCACCCGAGAGCGUUACAAAGUCGAUAUAGAAAAGAUGACCCAAGAGUACAGAGACCAGGUCAAUGAAGGGCGUCGCCAAUUCAAGGCGAACAUCCAGAGCCAGAUCCAGGAAGGAAGCCUCAGUUUUGCUGAAGCUGCCGAAGCCGAAGCUGCAAUGUUGGUCGAUCAGAACAAGCGUGAGCGGGAUUUGGCAAAGCGACAGCUCGACAGUUACCAAGAAACCGUGCUCAAGCCUAUGAAUGCCAUCCUUGCCGAUAGGAUCAGCAGGGCAACCACGUGCAUCGACGAGUUGAGCAGUAGGCUAUUCGAUGAUGCUCAGCAUGAGACGCCUGACCAAACACAGGAAGAAGGUGACGAGAAACCUGAGCUCCUGGAGAAGUUGACGCAACUUAAAUGGCUCUUUGAAGCUCGCGAACAACUUCACCGCGAAACGUUCGACCUUGUCAGCGACCGCGACGAGAAAUACAAAUUCGUUGCUCUGUUGCCGUAUCAACAAGGCAAAAACAAAGAGAAGCUCCGAGAAACCCAAGCAUUCUUCUCAAAAGAUGCUUUGGACCGACGCGUUCAGUACGAGACCUCGGCACUUACCCGUCUAGAAUCCUUCCUGGACGUGAUUGAGCAAAACGUCGUCCGCGGAGUCGAGGUACAACUUUCCGCAUUCUGGGACAUUGCACCAUCCCUCCUCGCCUUGGUCCAACAAGUCCCCGAAAACCUUCGUGGCUUCCAAGUCCAAAUCCCCGCGAACGAGUACGAAGAGAACCCAAGCUAUCACGCUCAUCCACUGCAGUACCUCUAUUCACUCCUCUCGCACGCCGAAAAGUCUAGCUAUCAAUACAUCGAAUCUCAGACUAACCUCCUCUGCCUGCUGCACGAAGUACGAUCUGCCGUGAUGCGCGCUAGCCGCAAUCUUGCCGAGGCAGAGAUGAUCUGGCAGGGUGAGUCUGAGGAGACCGUUCGUCGGGAGAUGCAGGCGGCCAGGGCUGAUGAGGAGCUUACCCUCACGACGGAUCUUAAGGAGAAAGUUGCAACCGUCGAAGGUCAGUGGACCGAGGCUUUGGGAAGUCAAAUCCAGGGGCUGCGUCAACGAGUCAAGGAUCAGCUGUUGGUUGAAGAUGGGUGGGAAGAUCUAGAGCAAUUGGAACAGGAAUAG